AUGAGCGUACUCGGCAAUUUUACGUGGAAGACUAUUGGAAAGGACCCAGCUCUGCUGAGUCGACUUUCUUCCGCGCCAGUCGCCAAUGGCGAGAUGUCCGGUCCCGCGUCAUCGUCUUCAUCCCCAGACCUGGGUGCCGAGCUCUUACCUGCUGAAGACGACGAGAUGGGGCAUCACCUCGGCCAGGACGUCGAGAUGCAGGAUGCGCCCCAAACUUGGGAUCCCACCGUAGCUUUCGCUUCGAACCCCGGCGCUCAGGGUCUAUCCCUCAAAGACAGGUUUUCAGGGCUAGCCAAUGGGACAAAGGCGAGCACGGCCCCAGUACCACGAGUCUCGUCUACGAAGAUGGUGGCCCCCGCCCAGCCUGUCGCUUCUACUUCUACCCGACCGGCAGGGAGCAACCCGCUUCCGACAACCGUUACCCGAACCCCAGGGAUCGCACCCCAAACUUCUGCGACCAAACCAGCAGGCAACCCGUCUUCUGUUGCUCCUAAACCUUCACGCAACCCGCCUCCGGCAAACGCUGCUGUCGUCCCAGGACCUUCCGCUCGCAAUUCUGCACCGUCAACCUCACGUUCCACCCCCACUCUUAACCCCUCCUCUUCCCAACAAAUCAUGUCUAGUGCAAAUGGCGGAGAGCAAGAGCCAGACAACCUCGCUGCACUCCGCUCCAUCUUCUCCUCGAUCCCACCUGUUGAUUUCCCUAAUGUUCAGGGGAUGGGACGAUCGCUACAGGCUCUCAAACAGGAUACAGUUUCGACAGCUACAGCUGCCCAGAAGGCGGCGGAGUUGGCCCAGCAGGCCAUCACGUUUGCCCAAGAAUCUUUUCAGAACGCGAAAGCGUGCAUCGCCUCGACCGAGUCCCUCCAAACCAGGUACAAAGAACUCGCGCUCGCUUUGGAGGAGCUAUCCAAGGAGAACGUGUCGAAAAAGCGCAAGUGGGAUGAGGCACUCAAAGGUGCCAUCAGCGCCGGUGAGGAGUGGAUCGCCAAACGGCUGAAGGAGGACGAGCAACGUGAUGGCGCCCAAGAAGCGCUGUUGAAGGAAAAGGCGAAGCUCGAGGCCGAGGUUCGCCGCUUGAAGGCUCGACAAGCUCUUCCCCUCGACAGUCCCGAGUUCAUGUCGCAAAUCGACGCCAUGUUGGAUCGCAAGUUGGCGGAGAAAAUGUCACAAGGUCCCAGUCAAACGACGACACCUCAGCGGGCGAGCCCUCAGGUCCAGGUCGAACAACCGAUGCAGCCGGCUAUGAAUCAACAGCCUCCCGCCCAGCCCACUAGACCGCAACCGCCCGCCAUCUCUGUCGAUAUACACCGUGCGCAAGCAAGCAUGGCGCAACCCAUGCGGCACACUGGUAUUCCGAUUGACCAACAGAGUGAAUCCCUUCUCAUGCAGCACUGCAACAAUAAUCCCCAGGUCGCCGCUCAAGUAAAGCGAGCCGUGGAGAAGGAGCUCGAACGCCGCACUCAGUCCCUGUCUCCCACCGAAACGACCUUCACGUUUAAUCAGCAACAACCGCCCUCCGGAUCUUCCAACGCACAGAAUGCCCAACGUCAAGAAGCUGCUUUGCGCGAAAAGCUCAAGGUCAGAACGCAAGGCGCUGAUCGUCACGAUAACAGGAGCAUGCCUCCUUCGACCUCGGUCUCUCCUACCGAGAUGCAGCAUCCUCGAUCUAACUCGGGGCAAUCCUCUCAAAAGCCGCCAGUGGACACCGGAAGUUCUCGUUCGGUAUCUAGCAACGUCGCCCUUGCAACAAGACCUCACGGGCUUCCACCGAAACCAGCGACGGCUCUGCCCAACGGCGCUCAAAAUGGCGUGGCUCCUCAGCUCCCUUCCCCUCCCAACUCAUCUUUCGACGAGAAUAACCCACCGACUGCCAAUGGGGCCACUCGAGAUCCUCGUUUAACUGCCCCCUCCGUUUCCCGACCCGCAUCCCCCACCAACUCGUCGAAACCGCUUAGCAAACGCAGCAAACGAGUCGCGAAGAAGAAAUCUCAGGAAUGGGAAUCAGACUCAUCCCAAAUGACCAUUAACCGACAUGGCUCUGAUGGCGGAAACUUGGAUAUCACCCAGCCGCCACAACCCCCAGCUUUCGUACAGUUAAUCAAUACGAGGAAUGUGCCUAUUGGUGCGGUUGAAGCACCGGCUCAGGUUCAGGCUCAAGUGCAGCAAGUUGCCGACGUCAAGCCUUUUAUCAAGGAAGAACCUGUCGAGGUGAAACUUGAUCUGAGUGCUCCUGCACAACGGCCUGCCAAAGCUUCCGCACAGACGCAACCAAAGAACGCGGUUUCCGUUCAGCCUUCGGCUCAGUCUCAGUCUUCGUCAUCUCAAAAUGGAUCGACCAGGCAGGUUGCUCCUCCUCCCCUCCCCUCUCGAGCAUUUCCUCCCAGCGUAUCACAGCCCCUAGCUACACCACAUGAGCAAGCUCCCACCCACGUCAAUCCCCCGCCGUUCAUGGCGAGCGCUCCUGCUCCUGCGUCCACCCAGGUGUCUCGCCCGCCACCAACAGGCCCUUCUUCUAGGCCACCACCCAGCCGACCGAGUGGCCGCUCUCGACCAGGUUCACCUUCAGGUCGUCGACCCGAACCUCGUCGCAGAAUGGAUUCCUACGUUCCUCCCCCCUAUCCUUCCUCAAGUUACCGUGGUCGAUCUCCAUCCCCUCGUGGCUCCAGCGACUACUACCGAAGUCGCCCUCGCCACGACCACUAUUCACCUUCUCCGCCACGAUCCCCACCGUUCCGACGCUCUCGAUCACAGCAACGAUCUCCGCCUCCUUCAGAUUCUAGCAUCGGCAGGAAAAGGCCUUACGAAUCGAAUGAAUCGUCCUCAUCCAACAAGCGCCGUCAAUGGCAAUCUGGUUCGAUAGAGCGUCUUUCCGGGGGCGUUGACGCGUAUGAUCCUGCCAACCUCCCCCCUCGAGCGCCUUAUCGCAACGGUAGCGUGAAUCCCCCUCGCCACCCUGCAUCCCACGACGACAGACGGGAUGAUGCUGACGGUUCGUCCAAACCUUCGCUCCUCUCCCGUUUAGAAACCGAAACCGAGGAGCUCCAAACGCAGCAGCAGCAGCAGCAGCAUCCAAGUAUCAUAGAACGUAUUGAACGUCCUCCCCAGGAACAAGUCGUGGACUAUGACGGCGAUGAGGAGCCAGCUCCUUAUGACUAUUAUGUGCGCUCGGGUUCGAACGACAGUGAAGCAGAAAGGAUUUCUCUCGGACAACGACUGACAGAUGCACCUCCUACUCGUGGUGGUCGUGGGGGUGGCCGGGGAAGGGGCCGUGGAGGUGGAAGAGGUGGACGUGGUUCGGGAGGGUUGAGGAAUCGCAUUUCCUCUCCAAACGAAUAUUCGUGA